CGCUGGAAGUAAAAUGAAAAAUGUAGGACUGUGGAUUUUAGUAGUUUCACUUGCAUCUCAUAUAAGUCAAUGCGAUCGUCGAUGGUCUGAAGAAGUAUACAGAAGCUGUUAGAUACGAAGCCACAGAAAAUACUUACAUGCAGAUAAAGAUCACAUACAAAGAAAUCAAGCAGCAUUAUGUCAAGAGCACUUAAUAUCUGGAGGAGGACCCAAGCUUCAGUGUGUUACAGAAAGCUACCCUGCUGUCACAAUAUUCCAGGUCAGAAAACACAGAUAUGCAGUAAAACAUUAACAACACAAACAUUUUCAACACUGAGGAUACCUCUAUUUGCGCAAUGUACUAACCAGCAGUCAGUGAUAUUAACAUCUAGACUUUUGUCUCGACACAAAUGUGUGAGACAUUUCAGUGCAUUGGAACAGAAUGUUUGGAGCACAAAGAAUGAUGAAGUACAUGAUAUGUCAGGAGACAACACUCAUGAUGUUUGGGAACAGCCAUUAAAAAUGCCUGAACCUGAGAUUGACUGGGAAUAUAUUUGUGAGGAAAACAGAGAGAACAUUGCUGCUAAUAUAGAAAACAGAAAGGGAGUAGGAGAUAUCGGUUGUGUGUUAGAUUUAAAAUCUGAGUUUGAUUCAACAGGAAGUGAAAAAACGAGAUUGGAACUGUUAAAAGCAGCCACAGAAAUCCCAAACAGAAGCAGUCCACAUUCACCAAUAGGUGAUGAAUCAAACGCAAGAUUGGUCGGUACAUUUGGGGAAAAGUCAGAAUUUAAUGACUUUAAACCACAAAAGAUGUCAAAGUUGGGUGAAGACCUUAAUUUGCUGCGGUCAAACAAUCUCAGCAUCACCACUGGAGGACGAUCAUAUUACUUCACGGCUGAAUUAGCUGACUUAGAACAUGCCCUGAUUCGAUUUUCACUAACCAAGCUGAUUGCCAGAGGAUUUGAACUUGUAACCGUUCCCGAAAUUAUCAAUCCGGCUGUUAUAGAAGCAUGUGGUUUCCACACAACAGGGGAGGUAACUCAGGUCUAUACACUGGAUAAAAAGUUCCAUGGAGAACAGUGUUUAAUAGGCACAGCAGAAAUGCCUCUUGCAGCUUUUUUUCUUAAUGGCGUUUUGGACAAGAAAGAACUUCCCAGAAGGCUGUGUUCAGUGAGCAGGUGCUAUAGAGCAGAGGCAGCUGGCAGGGAGGAGAAAAAAGGCAUCUACCGUGUACAUCAGUUCACAAAGGUGGAGAUGUUUGGUGUGACAGACUCUGGAACAGAGGCUGACAACCUUCUGCUGGAGUAUCUUGACAUAGAAAAAGAAAUGUUUCUAGAACUUGGUCUACAUUUUAGAAUUUUGGAAAUGCCAACCCAUGAACUUGGUGCCCCUGCAUACAGAAAGUUUGAUAUUGAAGCUUGGAUGCCAGCUAUGGACUUUUGGGGCGAGGUUAAUGGUACAGCAUGUGCAGUGCCGAGAAUGGUGAUGGCAAUUUUUGAAAAUUUUCAAAAUAAGGAUGGUAGUAUAAACAUCCCAGAUGUUCUACAACCAUUCAUGGAUGGCAAGAAAGUCCUGAGAAAGUCUGAUGCCAUGCCAGAUAUUCAGUGGAUAAAACAUGCCAAAGUGCACUGGACAUCCUAACAAAUAAAAAGUGCAUUUACGGGAAAAAAUGAAAUGGUCAUCCAAGAACACAUGGAUAUGAAGAAUUUGUGUUUGUUAUUUCUUUGUACAGAAAACCGUAUAUCAAUGUGUGAAUGAUCUCACUGAUGAAAUAAUUCAAGUAAAAAAAUCAAGACUU